AUGGUCAACCAGACGGUCUGCUCCCUCUGUCCCCUGUCCCUCCCUCCCCCCGCUGACAGCCCCAGCUCAUCGAGACCGGCCGCUUCUUUCGCUCCGGCGGCUCGCUCCAGACCCGCUCCCAGCUGCAGCACAACCUGCCGCCCAUCCACGACCGCUACCAGGCCGCCCUCGACGCCCUCUCCGAGCAGAUUCCAUCGCAUCCAUCACAAAAAAGAUCCGCCCGCCCCGCCAUCGCGCACCCCCCCGCCCACCACCAGCGCCGAGCUGGCCCUCCCCGCCACAGCCCCCGUCCCGCCGCCCGCACCGCCCGGGUCCCCGCCCGCCAGCGACCACGACGGCCAGCCGCACUCCGCCGACACCACGCUGGACGCGCUGCUGCCGGGGCUCGAGACCUACGCCAACGCCGGCAGCGACGAGGCCGCCGUCGAGCCGUCGGACGCGGGCCGCGCGGAUCUCGCCAUGGACGACGGGCUGGGCGAGUCGACGUUUGACGACCUGUUUGUGGGCGCGGAGCUGGCGGGCGAGGGCGACGACCUGCUGCUGCACGGCGCGGAGAUUGGCGAGCUGGACGACUCGUGGUUUGCAUCCGCCAAUCGACUAUUAUUCUAUGGCACUCCCUGCACUUACGUCAAUGCGAGUGCCAACUUCUUGAACCUUCCUGCUCUUCUUUAUCCUGAUCUUCUGCUUCCCUUUAACUUGCUAAUCAUCUCUGCUCUUCUCGCCCAGAAACUCAAUCCCCCCGAAAAUUCUAUUAUCGCCCCGAGUGGCGUGCCUGACCGGCUCCUCCUUCGCCUUUCCAGUGCGAACCCUUCCUCCUCCAAGCACAAGCAUCACGGCGCCGACAUGCGCGUCGACUACGAGGCCGCCGGCCACCACCACCCAGGCCUCCUCCGCGACCGCCUCCACCACCUCGACUCCGCGUCGCGCCGCUCGUCGCUGGCCUCCGACGCCGGCUCGUCCGUGCUGCCCUCGCUGGUCAACGAAAAGGUCGUCGCCUCCGGAAAUGGCAUCACCGUCUCCAUCGCCCAGGCCGAGCCCGUCAUCUACCUCGAGGGCUUCGACAGGCGGGAGCCGUCCAAGACCGCCAUGCUGCGUGGCCAUCUGCACGUCAAGGUCACAAAGCCCACCAAGGUCAAGAAGAUCUACCUCAGCUUCAAGGGCAUGGUGAGCUCUUCGUGGCCAGAAGGCAUUCCAGGCAAAAAAGGCCAGUAUAAUGAAGACCGCAGCCUCAUGACCCACACCUGGCCCUUCUUCAAUGCCCAGUUUAAAAGCGCCGAGCAUGGCUACGGUACAGACUCGGUGCAGCUGCUCCAUCGCUCAAAGCCGUUCUCCACCGUCGACCUCAUGCCCAAGUCGGGCUCCUCCACCAGCCUCGACCGCUUUCCCGGCGACAUCAAGCGCCUGUCCCUCCAGCACACCCCGUCGCGCAGCUUCGUCAAGGGCGAUUCGUCCCAGCCUGGCCAGACCGUCGCCCAACGCGGCUACAAGCUGUUCCGUCCCGGUGACUACAUCUACAACUUUGAGCUGCCCAUUGACUCCAGGAUGCCCGAAACCAUCAAGACGGACUACGCUUCGACCAAGUACUGGCUGGACGCCAGCGUCGAACGUGCCGGCGUCUUUCGUCCCAACCUGCUCGGCACAAAGGAGGUGCUCUUGGUCCGCACGCCCUCGCAGGGGUCGCUGGAGCAGGUCGAGCCCAUCGCCAUCUCGCGGAACUGGGAGGACCAGCUGCACUACGACAUCGUCAUCUCCGGCAAAUCGUUCCCCCUCGGCGCCAAGAUCCCCAUCGCCUUCAAGCUCACCCCCCUGGCCAAAGUCGCCUGCCACCGCAUCAAGGUCUACGUCACCGAGUCCAUCCAGCAGUACACCACCGGCAGGACGGCCCAUCGCAUGAACAGCAGCCGGCAGCUGAUGCUGUUUGAGAAACGCGCCGAUUCCCCCAGUGUGAGCACCUAUCCAGGGAGCAAGGUUCGCGUCACCGCGGGCGGUGGGAUCGACUGGGACCGCCGUGCCUCCGCGGCGCAGGGCCACGAGGUCGUAAACUCGCUUCGCACGAGUCUGCUGGGUGACAUGGAGAGAGAUUUUGGAGCCAGCCCGCCGGAGCUGGAAUUUAAUAUCGUCCUCCGCCUGUCCAAGCCCGAUGAAAACGCACCCAAGAAGCGCCGCCACUUUGAAAUCUCCAUCGACUCCCCCUUCCACAUCCUCUCCUGCCUCGCCACCCAGUCCAACAUCUACCUCCCCUCCUACACCUCCCCGUCCUCCUUCCCCUCCGAGGAAUACGAAUGCGGCUGCCCCGGCGCCCAGCCCACCAGCAAAUCCCCCUCGCGCACCAACUCCUCCGGCCUCGGCGAACUCAGCAUGCUCCUCAGCCUCUCCAACGACCCGUCCUUCAUCCCGCCACACCUGUCCCUCCCCCGCCCCGAACACGCCCAUUUCAACGUCCCCGACUACAACAGCAACAGCACCAACAACCACAAUCCCACCCGCCCCAUCCACCUCAUCCGCCUCCCCUCCUUCGCCCCGCCCCCCUUCGAGGACAUCCCCCCUCCCCCGCCCGCCAUGAGCCCGCCGCCCCCGUACACCGCCGCCACGCAGCACGACGACGGCGGCGCCCUGGACUACUUUGAGCGGCUGCAUCGCACGGAGCGCGAGUACGACGAGAAUACGCGCGGCAAUGCGAGGGUGGAUAUCCCACUGACACCGGGGGGCAGGGUGCAUCGCAGUCUGGAGAUUCCGAGGGAGGCGGUUCGCGUCGAGGCGCUGCUGGAGUAG